CGGACCCGGAAGUGGUGUAAUAGUUACUCGCUCUGUGUUUAGUUUUUGAGUUUGAAAGCGGACUGUGUGUGUUUUCGCACAAAUGGAAAGUUGACCGCUCGGGAAUGGAAGAUGAGUCUUCCAUGCGUAUGAAUGUCACCGCUCAAAAUAUGCCCGGUUAUAUUGGACGCGACGGGGAAUCUGUCCAUGUAUCCAGCGGGACACGGAGCACUGAUUUCGGCCGGGAUGUCCGCAGCAGCGACGCGAAGGUGCCAUCAUCAUUAUCGUUAUCCUCGAAGGAUGUUUUGGAAUUUCAUAAACACAAACAUGAGCCAGGAGGCAAUAAUAAAGAAAAUGACGAGAGGGAAAACAUAAGAGCCGUGGAUAUUUUAAAAAGGAAUUUGGGUUCCACUAUCAGAGAUCCAGAAGAUGCCACAGACCUAGAGAAAGUAGAAUUUGACAUCAAAUUGAACGACUUGGAUCAUGAAAAGGAUGAUGAAAGGAUGCAAUGUAACACAAAAAGUCUCCAACAAAACAUGGAGAGUAACUCAGGAUUGGGAGAUCCUGAUGGGAAUCAUCAUAUUGAUUAUAUUGAUUUGAAGAGUGGUGAAGAUCCCAGCCAAUCAAAAGAGCAUGUUUACUGCACUGUAUACUGUAUUGCCAAUGAUAAUUAUAGGAUACCUGUUGAGAAAACAACAUCUGAUCAUGAAACUACAUCAUUGUCAUCAGCAGCAGCAGAUGUGCUGGUUUUACCUCCCACCGACUUGCCAAAUUCAGAAUUGGACUAUGAGCACUAUCCAGAGCCCUAUACAGUCUCCGACUUGAUGCUGUCUGGAAUAAACGGCUCGUAUAAUGCUGACAACAGUUUAUCUGUUGUGUUAACAUGUCGAAUUUGUCUUGAUGACAAACAAGCCAUACCACUACACUGCUGCAAAAAUGCAGUUUGUGAAGAAUGUCUGAAAAGAUACAUCAUCUCACAGGUAUCCACAUCCAUACUAUCUCAAUGCAAGUUUUUCCUUUCUUUUCAUGUGAAUGACUACAAAAUGAAGACGUCCACCAAGAGUGAACAUAAGUAUAAGAUUCAGUGCACAAAGUGCCAGUUUGUCUGGUGUUUCAAAUGCCACGCGCCCUGGCAUGAAGGCCUGAAGUGUCGAGACUACAGGAAAGGAGACAAACUGUUGCGUCACUGGGCCAGCGUCAUCGAAUAUGGCCAGAGGAACGCUCAGAAGUGUCCACGCUGCAAGAUCCACAUUCAGAGAACGGAGGGCUGCGAUCACAUGACCUGCACACAGUGCAAAACUAACUUUUGUUAUCGUUGCGGGGAGAAGUACAGGCAUCUGCGCUUCUUUGGGGACCACACCUCCAACCUGAGUGUGUUUGGAUGCAAGUACCGCUACCUGCCUGAGAAACCCCAUCUGCGCCGGCUGGUCCGAGGCUCUGUUUGUAUGAGUAAAGUGCUGGUGGCUCCAGUGGUCAUUGUCCUCGUGGUGGUUGUUGGAGCUCUGGCUUUGGUCAUAGGCGGGGAUCACCAUCUGGACAGAGGAUCCGAACCCCAUGUGUGGUCCUACAUCAGCAAGCAGAGAUUACAACCUGUGUGUCACAUGAUGAGUCAAGGCUUCCUCAGAUUUCCUUCUUUGUCCCUCCUUGCUGGUAGUCUCUGA